CACACAGGGCGGGUUUGAACCUGACACCACGGGUGGAUUCUGCAGGACAGGAGGGAAGAAAAUCCUCCAGGACAGCUGUCGGGACUCCUCUGAACACAGGACGAGAUUGCUGGUCCGGGAGUCGGGGAAAGGAGCGCACACAGCCCGGUAACCUGCGGGCCUGAGGCGGAGACAGGCUGAGGGGAAGACCCAGAGCUGAGGAGGGGGAGGCGGAUGGAAGAUGGAGACCCCAGUGUGAACAUUAAAGUGUAGCUAAACAAAGUUCAGCUGAAUUAAAGUCAACUAGGAAACUUCCAGAACCAUGGCUGAAAUGUUGCUUAGUUGGUCAACCAACAAGCGCCUCAUCGCUGGCCUGCUGGUCAAUCUAUUCUCCUCCAUCUGCAUUGUCUUCAUCAACAAGUGGAUUUAUGUCCACUAUGGCUUCCCCAACAUGACCCUGACCCUCAUCCACUUUGUGGUCACCUGGCUGGGACUCUACGUCUGCCAAAAAAUGGACAUUUUCUCCCCGAAAAGCCUUCCAAUCCGGAGAAUUGUGUGGUUGGCUCUGAGCUUCUGUGGGUUUGUGGCCUUCACCAACCUUUCCCUGCAGAACAACUCGAUAGGAACGUACCAGCUGGCUAAAGCCAUGACCACGCCAGUCAUCAUCCUCAUCCAGACAACCUAUUACAAGAAAACCUUCUCCACCAAGAUCAAGCUGACACUGGUGCCUAUAACAUUAGGUGUGAUAUUAAACUCUUACUAUGAUGUGCGGUUCAACCUGCUCGGUACAGUGUUUGCAUCGCUGGGUGUUCUGGUGACAUCGCUUUACCAAGUGUGGGUUGGAGCAAAACAGCAUGAGCUCCAGGUGAACUCCAUGCAGCUUCUGUACUAUCAGGCUCCUCUGUCAUCAGGCUUCCUGCUCUGUGUCGUCCCUCUGUUCGAGCCACUGACUGGAGAAGGAGGAAUAUUUGGACCUUGGUCUCUACCUGCACUGUUAACUGUACUGUUCUCUGGUGUGGUGGCAUUCCUGGUCAACCUGUCCAUCUACUGGAUCAUCGGGAACACCUCUGCUGUCACCUACAACAUGUUUGGUCAUUUUAAAUUCUGCAUCACUCUGGUUGGAGGGUAUGUUCUCUUCCAGGACCCGCUGUCACUCAACCAGGCGUUGGGGAUCCUCUGUACUCUGGCUGGGAUCCUCUCUUACACUCACUUUAAACUGGUCGAACAGGAGGAAGGGAAGAGCCGCCUAGCUCAGAGGCCGUAGCCUCAGUCACCUGUCAGUCAACGCAGACACUCCUGCCUCAGAAUGCCUAGAGCAUGACUGGCUGCAGAGACUUUAUAUAUUUUUUAUUUUAUUAUAAAUAUUUUUUUAGGAGAGUAAAGACUUUCAUUUGGAUGUCCUGGUAUUUCAACACAACAUCUGCUCCUCAGCCAUUUCUCAUGAUCCUUUGCUCAACAACGCUGAUGGUUUUUAAGGGAAACUGAUGCUCAUCACACCAGCAGACUGGACUCGGAAAUAUUUUUAUGCUGCUGAUAUUGAAAUAACAAGAACAGAACAGCAGAACAAUGUAAACAUCAGAAAAUAAUGUUUGUUUUCAUUUAAAGCAGAUACAGUUGCUGUAUAUCCAACAAGUUUUUCUAGACAAGCGGAUGCACAAGUCUAGUUUUAACUUCUUUUGUUUUGCUGAUGAACAAUUUCAAAUGUAACCAGUCAAAAGGUGACUGAAAGAGUUUGUAUCAUCAUGUGUGAGCAAAGUUAAAGGACUAUGCUGGAGCGCUAUACUGGCUGCAAUCUAAAUAAUAUUAAAAAUAAUGAUAUUAGUAAUAUAAUCAUAGUUAUAUUUUCUGAUUUAAUAUUUUUACAUAGUUCAUAAUCUUCCAUGUAUUUCUGUGUUUUUUUUUUUAGUAAGAACGGCUUUACAACAAACAUAAGUAAAAGAGUCUUGGAUUUCCAAAAAUUUGUUCAAAAUUUGUUCACAGAGCAUUUCAAGGAUUUACCUUUUAGAGCACUGAUAAAUUAAACUCCAGAAACGGCUACAGUUAGAUUUAUUAUCAGUAUUUUUGUUUGAGCUGUGUUUGAGGUCUUAAGUUUCAAUUGUAGGUUCAAGCUGCUCGUAGUAUUUUUCAGUAGUAAUUUAAUACUUUUCUUUCUUAUUGUCUUUGUUAAAUUCUUUUUUGAAGAAAACAUUUGAGAUGGUAAAAGUUGAUUAUACACAUGGACACUUUGAGUCAGAUCACAGAUGGGAGGGUGAUGUGAAAGCCAGUUCAUUGAAGGGUAUCACAACAUGGUGGUUAGAUCUCCAGUAUGAAUGUAAACUACAAUAAAUUUACAGCUGAAAUGCCAAAUCUAAUCACCAUUGGUAUUUUCAUCAUACAAACCAAAAAUAGACUGGACUGAGUGACACCAUUCGCAGUCUGUACUGUUAAAGAGAGUACUCAGUUCAGGGUCGUCACUUUUUUUUUUUUCAUCAAACCUGUAUUGAACAUGCUGUACUGAAUAAAAACUGAUUUAGUGACUUCACAGCC